AGAGGACGCUCCUCCUCCGAGCUUUAUAACCCAGAGGGACACGGCUGCAGCCCGUCUGUCUGACACUGCUGAGACUGAGAAAGCCCCGAGGUCCUCAGAGAUGACGACUGGCUGCAUGAGGUCGACCCUGGAGCCUGAACAUCGACUGAUGACACAGGAGAGCAAACACUACAAGGAGGUGCGGGAGAGUCCGGUGGACAGGAAGUCAGAGGUGAAGGACGAUGAAGCCCUUUGUGCACAGAAUCAGGAGGCAGAUCAGCAGAAGAAACCUCGCAGAAAAGACACACCUGUCCUCAACUCUCAUCCACAUUUACCAGGCGUGAGACUGCUGAAAGCCGAGAAGCAGAUGGUUCACUCAGAAGAUGAGGAGAAAGACUUGAAGGAAUAAGACUUUAUUUAAUCUCACGUUUAUUAUGUUGUCAAUAACUGUUCAGUCUCAUUAAAUGUUUUGA